AUGGGUGCGGUGCUAUCAAAGAAAAGGAUAAGGAAAAGUGAUGCCGUGGUGCAGGAGGUGAAGGUGGUGGAGUCGUGCAUGGUGGCACCAAGCGCGCAGACGCCUAGGCACGGCCUGUGGCUCUCCCCGCUCGACCUCAUGCUGGUCAACAGAGGCCACACCCCCACCGUCUACUUCUACCGCUCCGAGUCCGGCGGCGACUUCUUCGACGUGGCCAGGCUCAAGGCGGCGAUGGCCAAGGCUCUGGUGGCCUUCUACCCCCUGGCCGGCCGUCUCGGUGUGGGCGGCCGUGACGGCAGGGCGGUGAUCGACUGCGCCGGUCAGGGCGCGCUCUUCGUCGCCGCGCGCUCCGAACUGGCCGUCGACGACUUCAGCGGCUUCAAGCCGUCGCCGGAGCUAAGGAGGCUCUUUGUUCCCCGCGUCGAGGAUUACUCGCCUCCCGUCAUGUGCGCCGUCCAGGUCACCUUCUUGAAGUGCGGCGGGGUGGCACUAGGGACCGCGCUGCACCACGUCGCCGCCGACGCCAUCAGCGCCUUCCACUUCUUCGAGUCGUGGUCCGCCUUCUCACGGGACGGCGACGCGGCGGCGGCGGCGGCCCUAGAGCCCCCGUUCCACGACCGCACCCUCCUCCGCGCGCGCUCCCCGCCCUUCGUCCACCCGGACGCGCUCACCGUCUUCUGCCCCAAGCUGAACCUCUCCACCGAGCCGUCGGCGAGGCCCGUCGUCAGCGAGGCUUUCGACAUUUCCAAGGACCAGGUCGCCGCUCUCAAGAGUGCGUGCGUCAGCGGCGAGGGCGGGCGCGUGAGCACGUUCUGCGCCGUGAGCGCCCACGUGUGGCGGUGCGUGUGCGUGGCCCGCCGGCUGCCGCCGGACGCCACGACCCGCCUCACCUUCCCGGCCAGCGUCCGGGACGUCGCCUCCUCGGGCUCGGAGGGCCUGCCCUCCGUGGCCGACCGAAUCAGGGGCGCCGUCCGCCGGAUGGACGACGAGCUGGUGCGCUCGGCGGUCGACUACUUCGAGCUGACCACGGAGGCGGACAGCAAGCCAGCGCCGGGCCGCAUGGCGGAGACGGAGCUGAGGGUGAUCAGCUGGCUGGGCAUGCCGGUGUACGACGCGGACUUCGGGUGGGGGAAGCCGCUGGCGAUGCUGCGCGCCGAGGCGGAGCGCGCCGGGUUCGUCUACCUGAUGGACGGCGGGCAGGGCGCCGGCAGCGUGCGCGUCGUCAUCUGUACGGAGGCCGCGAUCCUGGACGACUUCCAGCGCCUGCUAUAUGCCAAGUUCUAG